AUGGCCGACUUCGAGGCACCUCUGGGUCCUCCCCCACCUAAAGUCCCUGAGGGCUGGACCGCUCGUUAUAACGAGCAGUACAAAGAAUGGUUCUACGUAAACCUCUACACCAAAAAAUCCCAAUGGGACAAACCCACCGAGCCCGCUCCCCGCCCCAACGACGACGGUGCCCCAGCCGGCCCGCCCCCCUCCUACUCCGCCGGCGACAGCGGCGCCCACCACGGCGCCUCCGACGCUAAGGUCAACCCGUACGACACCAACCCAAGCCCGAGUAACCCGGCUGGCGGAGCCGCGGCGUCAUACAUCAACAGCGCGCCGGGCCCAUCGCAUAGUCCCCAGCCACCGUUCGGCAACAACAACAACAACAACGAAAGCGAAGACGAACGUCUCGCCCGCCAGCUUCAGGCUGAGGAGGAUGCUCGUGCCCGGGGUAGUCACAGUAACAGCCCGUACCCCCCGGGCGGAGGCGGACAGGAUUACAAUCAGGGUGGUGGUUUCCCGGGGCAGUUACCCCCGAGAGAGGAAAAGUCUCGCGGUUUGCUGGGGAAAUUGUUAAGCGGCGGGAAGAAGACCAGCCACGGCGCCGCGGCGGGUGGUGGACUCGGCGGGAUUCUGGGCGCCGCAAGCCACGGGGGCCACCAUGGCCAACACGGCGGGUAUCCCGGCGGCGGGCACUCGCCGUACGGUGGCCCGCCCGCACCUUACGGCGGACAGCCUGGGUAUGGGGGAUACCCCCCGCAACAGCCGGGGUAUGGCGGAUAUGGAGGACAGCCGGGUGGGUAUGGCGGACCGCCGGGGGGCGGGUACUACCCGCCGCAGCAGGGGGGUUAUUAUCCGCAGCAGCAGCAGGGCGGGUAUAAGAAGUCCGGGGGGAGUGGGAUGGGGAUGAUGGCGGGAGGUGCGGCGCUGGGGGUGGGCGCGGGGUUGUUGGGGGGUGCGUUGAUUGCGGAUGCUAUUCAUGAUGAUGAGCAGGAUGCUUAUCAGGAUGGGUUUCAGGAUGGUGCGGAUUACGAUGAUGGCGGUGGCGGCGACUUUUAG